CUCAGCAGUUUAAGGACAGGGAACUGUCUCCAUCUGAUAAAAAGCCACAGACAAUGUUGUGGCAGCAUAUUUCUUAUGUGUGUGGUGCCUUGAAAGUCUUUUGGGUACAUAACAUAUAUCAUUAAAAUGUAUUUUACCUGUGCUUACGGCUUCUAGGGAAGUUUACUCCACUUAUGGAACGCUCGUCAUUUCCUUUGCCUAAUGCAGUUGUGUACCUGGGCCGCCAGGUUGCAGCAGAAUAUUUAAAAGAUGCCUCGAGGAAGUCGAAGAGCGGCCUCCUGUUUGUAAAGCUGGUCAACCCGCACUCAGGGGAAGGAGCCACUUACUUAAUUGAUGCGUGUCUACAGAAGCUGUUUGAAAUAAAAGUUUUCAAGGAAAAACACCAUUCUUGGUUUAUAAAUCAGUCAGUUCAAUCAGGAGGCCUUCUCCACUUUGCCACACCCAUGGACCCUUUAUUUCUGCUCCUUCACUAUCUCAUAAAGGCUGGCAAAGAGGGGAAGUAUCAGCCCUUGGAUCAGGUUGUAGUGGAUGACAAGUUUCCAGAUUGCACCUUGCUGCUGAGAUUUCCUGAGCUUGAGAAGUCACUUCGGCAUGUGACAGAGGAAAAAGAAGUGAACAGUAAGAAGUACUAUAAGUACAGCACGGAGAAGACAUUGAAGUGGCUGGAGAAGAAGGUCAACCAAACCGUGGCAGCACUGAAAGCCAAUCAUGUUAAUGUUGGAGCCCGGGUACAGUCUUCUGCAUAUUUCUCUGGUGUUCAGGUUUCCAGGGACAAGGAAGAAGACUAUGUUCGAUAUGCCCAUGGUCUGAUCUCUGAUUACAUCCCUAAAGAAUUAAGUGACGAUUUAUCCAAGCUCUUGAAGCUUCCAGAACCUCCAGCCUCCCUGCCAAACCCUCCAGCAAAGAAACUAAAGUUAGCAGAUGAGCCUGUGGAAGCGAAAGAAGAUUACACUAAGUUUAACACUAAGGACUUGAAGAACGGCAAGAUGGCAACACAAAGACGAAAAAGAGGCAAGUGACAAGCGCUGCGGCACACCCACCCCCCAGCUCCACCCCCAAGGGCUGGCUGCUUCCUGUGCAACUUCAGAUGCCUGCUGCAGUUUUCUGCACUUUCAAGAGUACUCUGCAUCCCCGGGGAAACCACCAUCUGCCAGAGGCGGCUGUUAAAGGAGCAGUGAUGAUGGACCUUAGAUCGGCCAUGAUCAUCUCUCCUGGAAGCUCUCAGCAAUGCUCUGUGCUCAAGCUAACCCAGAGUGUGGAUCUGAGGCGUGUAGCCAGCCCCUCGCCCUCUGCCUCAACCCAGUUGGCAGAAGCAUGCAUAUCUUUCCGGGAUAGCACCUCAGAGUCCAGAAGAGAAGACUUCCGGUGACAUCAAGGUCGUUCCUCCAGCCUGACUUUGCUUCCCACAUGUUGGGGUGCCUGCAUGGUUGAUGGAAACACGGGCAUCCACACUAGAGGCCCAGGCAAACCAAAUUUCAGCCUUUUAAAAUGCUUACCCCACAACGGGCCCUUCUCUCUUUCUUACCAACUUGGCAGCUUCUAAUGCAAUAACAAGGCCCAAAUGUGUACAUUUUAUAGCUUCGUGGAGUUACAAACAUGGCUUUAUUUUGAAAAGGUUUGUCCAGUAUGCGUAUUGGUGUGAGAGAUAGUUGGGAAUGAAGGCCAAAGAGCAGUUCAACGGAGAACGCCCAGCGAGGCUCUUAAGGAAGCCAUGAGAGGUUUGGGCUGGAAGUGUCUGAGGUCCAAGUGACUCUCGCCCUGGGCAUACAGCAGGGCAGGCUGGCUGCCGCUUGUUCACACAGUACCUCUCCCCAACCUCUAAAGGGAAUGGCCCUAAGUUCUGACUGUCAGCCAAGUUGAGCCUCGUUCCCCACCAGUCUCACUUCAUUCCCAACUUAGAAAUGACCAUCGACCCUAAGAGGCCCUAGGCACCUUGGUGGCCGAGAAAUGAGUCUACCUCUCCAAUCCAAUGCUACAGAGCCAGUAUGAAGGGCUGGGCAUGUAGCUCAGUCAGAAGACUGCCUGCCUCACAUACAGGAGGCCCUGGGUUUGAUCUCUUGCAGCAAUCCCAGCGUUGGCGAGCAGUGCAGAGGGGAUGGAGGCAGGAGAAUCAGAUUUUCAAGUCAGUGUGUAAAUCUAGAAGUAAGGCGUGCCUCCUGAAAUUAUCUGAUUGAGCCGGGCUGUUAUGGUGACUCAUUAUUCCGCACACAGGGAGGAGUUAGAAUCUAACCUCUCUGCCUUGUACAGCCCCAAGCACUGUGGUUGGAGGUCAGGGCAUAUUUUGGCCCAGGGACCAGACACCAGUAGAGUGCUCCUGCAGUCAGCUCUCUCCUUGGGAGCAAAUCAUUCCUGUCAGGACCUCAGCUCAGACACCCCUAUUGUUCUCAUUCUUCCAAAGACUUAUUAUCAUGGGAGCCUUCCGAAUGGUCCCAUGGACCUGAAGUGUGUUGCUGGCCCACUUAUGACUGGCCUGUUAGCGUGAUUGUCUCUACCACAGGCUCUCCCUACCAACUCUAUCUCUCACCCUCUGCUUCUGUAGUGGACUCCCCUCUCUCACUCUUCCACAUAUCACUGGACACUGGUGACACACAAGACAUCCCUAGAAAUCCUUUCUUAGCUGUUCCAAAUUCACACUCAACUAGCGUCUGGAGUGUGUGUGUGUGUGUGUGUGUGUGUGUGUGUGUGUGUGUGUGUGUGUGUGAUAUGUGCACGCUUAUGCAUGUGCAGAGGCCAUGUGUUGGGUGGAGGCCAGAGAACUGCCUUCAGUGCUCAUCCUCACCUUUCCACUGUGUCUGAGACACGUACAUUACUGUGUGAGCCAACCGGCUGCUUCCAGCCUUCUAGAGAGCCUCCUGUCUGGGUUUCCUACAUUUACCUGCUGUGUCCAGCUUCUACACGGGUUCUGAUGAUCCAAACCCAGGACAUCAGACUCAGGCGGCAAGCACUUACUUGUUGGCUAUCUCCCUAGUCCAUGUAAGACUUUUAAUAGAAGUUAUUGAGGAAAGGAUCUAAACUGGAAGGAAAAUCAUUGGAGAGAAGUUAAUUUAAUGUUUUGUAGUGAAAGUAUGGCCAGUGUGUCUCCCUCUCUACUCCACCUCAUUUGGAAAUGUUUUAUAUACAUGUGUAUAUAAAAAAGCUGAGCAUUUCUGUUGGUUUCAUCAUAGCAUUAGUUCCUUGAGAAGUCUCCUCGGGAUCUUUAUUUCUACUUGUGUCUCAGUAAGUUUCUUGGAGAACCAUGACCCACGUACUUCAUUGUUUUAUAGUCCCUUAUCAAAUGUGUGUCUAGCGAAUGCUACUAGCAAAUAGGGGGUGUUCUAGACACUGCACCUUAAUAGCCUUAGAGGCCCUUGGUGUGAUUCCUCAAUCCUUUUUUUUAAUCAGGAAUGUAGGGUUGGCUUAAAUUGUGUCAACAUGUAGGUAGAAGCUGGGAUUAAUUUUGCUCUGAGGUUUCUCUCAGUUUUAUAAUGAAUUUCAGCUGUCCCGGGGCACAUUACAGCCAAGCUGGGAGCCUCUGCUCCUGUCUACACCACAACUACCCCAGGAGAGCCUGGGAAGUAACUCUCACCUUUGCUGUCAUUAAAUUCCCAGCAGAUAGUAAGCAGAUUGCUUUAGGAACUCGGAUCCCAAUGCUGCUGAUGGCCUUCUCCAGGGAGUUUCAUGGGGCUGAGUUACAGCACAUUGUUCCUACACCAUUAGAGGUUUUGAAGCUAUCUGGGCCACUUCUAGAAGCAAAUAAAAUUGUAUAAUCCUAAUUUACAUUGCUUUUGCUCUCAUAGUUUGCAGGAUUAGAUACAAUAAGGAAAUUUUAUGAAGCUUCAAUAACACUCUUGUUACAGGCAAUCACGCUCUCAGGAGACCAAGCUGCACUGGAGGAGCUGAAGAAUUUGGUUCAUUAGACUAGGUGACCCAGCUGAGCUAAUGCUUUGCAGAGAGAGAAGCCCAGAAUUACAGAUUCGCCGUGGUCACUUUCAUUGUUGCACAUCGUUGGAUUCACAUUGUGAUCAUAGCUACAUAAGUAUGGUGGUUUAAAUGACUGUGACCUGCAUAAGUUCAUGUAUCUGAACGCUUAGUCACCAGGGAGUGGAACUCUUUGAAAGGAUUAGAAGGAUUAGGAGGUGUGGCCUUGUUGGAGGAAGUGUGUCAAUGGGGGUGGGCUUUGAGGUUUCAAGAGCCCACUCCAGGCUUCCCCCCUCUUCUGUGUGUGUGUGUGUGUGUGUGUGUGUGUGUGUGUGUGUGUGUGUGCUCAUCCCUUCCUCCUGCCUGCAGAUCUGGAUGUAGAAUUCUCAGCUCCUUCUCCAGCACCGUGUCAGCCUGCACGCCGCCAUGCUUCUCAGUAUGAUGAUAAUGGAGUAAUCCGUGAAACCGUAAGACAGCCCCAAUUAAAUGCUUUCUUUCAUGA